CCAAGCCUUGUAUGCACUUAUGAAUAAUAAAAGAAAAAUGAAAAAAAAAUUUAUGCUUAGAGCCAGGGAUGGUGCCUCAUGCUUGUUAUCCCAGCACUUGGGAGGCUGAGGCAAGAUGAUCGUGAUUCCAAGGCCUGCCUGAGCUGUGUGGCAAGUUUCAGGCCAGACUGGAAACUUGGUAUAAAGAAACCCUGACCCCAAAAACAAAAGAAGAAUUUAUGUAUGGCAUGAAGAUUUGGAAUUUAUUAUGAUUUUGUAUAAACCCAGGCAAAAGAAUAUCAGAUUUUCUCCUCAGGAUAAGAGCUACCUCUAAUCUCUUAGAUGUAUUUGCAGCAUUGGAAACAGGUUAUGGGAUUUAUUUUUUUAGACAGAAAGUAAGAGGGAAGGAUGAAAGAACAGAAGAAAGGAAAAGAAAAGAAUAUUAGUUGUUACUGAGAAUGGUCUCUAGGGCCAAAGGUAGACAGUAUCCAGCAGUUCCUUCUCAUUAUUUUACCACUACCUCCUCAUUUCAAAACUCUUACUCUAGCUCUUUCUCCUCUCUAAUUUGAGGAAGAACAAGGGGCCAUAGUGAUUAAGUGGGAAAUGUUUUAAUUAUACUAGGUAAAUAAUAAGCAGGCAUAGGCACCUCCCAUUUGUUUGAGUGGGUAGUUUGAUCUUGCUAGAACAAUUUCAAUGGCAAGAAAUGAGAGGUGAAAAACAGUUGCUUCUUAAUAAUAAAUGAAAAAUCUACAGUUUUUAAAAAAAUAGCUUAGAAUUAUCAGCUCUAAAUUACAGUGUGGAUAACACAGACACUAAAGGCUACUUUAUUGGAAAUGAUGGCUUAAUAUUAGGACAAAGAAAUCCCUUAAAUUACAAUGUUGUUCUUACAGCCAGAUAAACAAGUCAAGUAGUUUUUAACAAUUAAAAAAGCCCACAAGUGAUAGUAAUGUGACAAACUUAGUUUUUAACACUGUUUAUCUUUUAAUAAUUCUGAUAGAAUUUCUGUACACUUGAAAAGUAAUACGUAUACUGAGUGUAAAAGACGUUAAUUCUUUCUAAAGCUCAUGCUUAAAGUGCAUAUGCAUUCACAGAUCCCUCAUAUUAAGUAUUUGAGCUCCUACUGUGAGGUCCAUGACACAGUUUAGGAACUAAUGCUGUAAUCCACUAUUCCUUGUAUGUUGUAUAAAGGUACAGUUCUAAUUUGUUUCCUUGUUUUCCUCUUUACUCCCUCUCAAGAACUCAUAAAAUAAAAGAUGUUUUAAUUGUUUUUUAUUAAAUGAAUCAGUAAUAUUGAGUAUAAUAGGUUAGAAAACCUUUAUGCUUUUUAAAACUUUGUUUCAUUUGCAUUGGUAAACGGAUAUAAUAGUUCUAAACUUUGUGCAGGUGUGAAUUUUUUCUCAUGUAUUUUUCUGUAUGUAUUAUUCCUGGGCUUUAUCUUUACAAAGGAUCCAACAGGUAGUUAUUGUAGCAACGUCAAAUAAUUACAAAGGCCUUCUAAGAUAUUGUGGUGAGUUAGAGAAAGAAAGAAAGAGAGAUCUUGAAGAUACUCUUCAGGAAACUUUUAACUUAAAAAGUGUAUGCACCUUAAAUACCCGAAUGAAGUUCUACUCCCAAUUGAAUGCCUUAUCAGAGGUACUGCUAGCUUAUUUUCUUCUUUUCCUUGUGUCUUGGCUGGUCUCCCACUCUAUUCUACUUUGCUGGCUUAAAAAAAAAGGAAAAAGUGAAAAAGUGUACUCUUAAUAGGUAUUAAAAAUACUGUUUAGAUUACUCUAGAAAAUUAUGGAAAUCAUGAAGAAAUUUAACUCUUCCUUGGGACAGGUGCCUUUUAAAAAGGAAUUUGAAAGUUUAUGUAAAAGUUUUGUAGAACAUUAAGAGAACUGGUGAAUUUCCAUCCCUUCAUUGAUUUUUGUCUUGUUCUUGAAUGUGCUUUGAAUUUGUGUUGAGUGUUAAUCAUUAACAAAAAUGCAAGUGCGGGGUUUAGAUUUGUGAGUGACAGUCUUCCUCUCACACCUUCAGUAGUAAUAGUCAUCAGUAGCAACCGGGGAUCCUUAACAACUGGAUGAAAACACUAUCAUUUUCAUACAACUGAUUAAUACCACUUCAGUGAAUAUUAUUGUGAUAAUUGAAUUUCUUUUCUUUCCUUUUUUUUUAUGUUCUUUUAGGUUUUGAAAGUAUUCUUGAAGGGCUGUUUGGACCUGCAUUAUUAAAAGAUCUCAGUUUACUUAAAGAGUGUAAACCUGAAAACAUUUCUGAUUGGACUUUUGAUGAAAACUGUUUGUUCUGUUGCUUGAGAAGAGAUAAAGUAAAGUGCCAUCCAUGAAAUGAGAAAACUCACAGAGUGGGAGAAAAUUUUCAAAUCAUAUACCCAAUAAUGAACGUGUACCAGAUAUAUCAAGAAUUCUUACAACUUAAUAAUAAAAAGGGACACUUAGUCGGUCUGGAUGUACCAGCUUUGGGAGCUGGGCAAGAAGCUCUGCUUAAACAAGAACACGCAAAAAUUAUUCGAUUUGAGAGACAAGCGGAAGAGUUCCUCAAUGCAGUCUUUUAUAGAAAAGACAGUCCCUGGGUCUCCGACCCUAAUAUUCCCCUAGUGGCCCGUGAGAUCAUGCAGCGAAUGAUCCAACAAUUUGCUGCUGAAUAUACCUCAAAAAAUAGCUCUACUCAGGACCCCAACCAGCCCAAUAGCACAAAGAACCAAAGCCUGCCGAAAGCAUCUCCAGUCACCACCUCUCCCACGGCUGCAACUACUCAGAACCCUGUGCUCAGCAAACUUCUCAUGGCUGACCAAGACUCACCUCUGGACCUUACUGUCAGAAAGUCUCAGUCAGAACCUAGCGAACAAGACGGUGUACUUGAUUUAUCCACAAAGAAGAGUCCAUGUGCUGGCAGCACUUCCCUGAGCCAUUCUCCAGGCUGCUCCAGUACUCAAGGGAACGGGCGACCUGGGAGACCCAGCCAGUACCGCCCAGACGGACUUCGGAGUGGUGAUGGGGUACCUUCAAGAAGCUUACAGGAUGGAACCAAGGAAGGUUUUGGACACUCCACAUCACUCAAAGUUCCACUGGCUCGAUCCCUGCAGAUUAGUGAAGAACUACUGAGCAGAAACCAAUUGUCCACUGCUGCCAGCCUUGGGCCAUCUGGAUUACAGAAUCAUGGACAGCACUUAAUACUAUCCAGGGAAGCCUCUUGGGCAAAACCACAUUAUGAAUUCAACCUCAGCCGUAUGAAGUUUCGGGGAAAUGGUGCACUCAGCAACAUCAGUGACCUUCCUUUUCUUGCAGAAAACUCUGCCUUUCCAAAAGUGGCACUUCAAGCAAAACAAGAUGGAAAAAAGGAUGUGAGCCAUUCAUCUCCUGUAGAUUUAAAGAUACCACAAGUUCGAGGAAUGGAUCUUUCUUGGGAGUCUCGCACUGGUGAUCAGUACAGCUAUAGCUCUUUGGUAAUGGGUUCACAAACGGAGAGCGCGCUUAGUAAAAAAUUAAGGGCUAUUCUUCCAAAACAAAAUAGAAAAAGCAUGUUAGAUGCUGGACCUGAUUCUUGGGGCUCAGAUGCUGAGCAGUCUACCUCUGGACAGCCAUAUCCCACAUCGGAUCAAGAAGGAGACCCUGGUUCCAAGCAGCCUCGGAAGAAGAGAGGGCGUUACAGACAGUACAACAGUGAGAUACUGGAGGAAGCAAUCUCAGUGGUUAUGAGUGGAAAAAUGAGUGUUUCCAAAGCUCAGAGUAUUUAUGGGAUUCCCCACAGUACACUGGAGUACAAAGUAAAGGAGAGGCUGGGCACUUUGAAAAACCCUCCAAAGAAAAAGAUGAAAUUAAUGAGGUCGGAGGGGCCAGAUGUUUCUGUAAAGAUGGAAUUAGAUCCCCAGGGAGAGGCAGCACAAAGUGCAAAUGAAUCAAAAAAUGAGUAGGAAUACUGUAGAGUGCCAAUUACUGUACAAACUGGGUGAGCACUACUGCAUCAUUGUUCAGCUAUCAUUGCUUGCACCUAACUUCAUUACUGUGGCACUUGUUUCUUUGCAGAUUUUGCAUUGACUUGUGUAUACAGCGGUGAAAGGUGCUUCUGAAUGUUGCAUAGUUUUAAAUUUUCAUGUGCAGUAUGGCUCGGAAUAUUGUUUGGCCUUUUGCAUGUUUCUCUACAAAAGAGAAUUGAGUUACCUCACAGAAAACAGACACAUGGAAGUGGACUCCUUGCCUGUAGAGCCUGCAUGCUUUUUUUUUUCCCCCUUCCCCCACUUAUGUUUGCCUUUGCUUUAAAGAAAGAAGAGGAAAAAAAGCCCCCUUUUAGAAAUCAUCUUUGUCGUACUGGGAGCUUUAUCAUUACAAAUUGGAAAAGCCAUCUUGUAAAAUUAUUCACAUUUUUUUUUUUCUUCAAGUCAAGUAAUGGAUGGAUUAAACUAAAGAAAACACUGAGAAGAACAUGAACCUUUGAAUUUGACAAAUUUGAUUAUUCAAUCAGAAAUACUUAUUUGGGUCAUUUAUAAUUACUCUUUGUAAUUUUCUUCUCACUAUUAAAUUUACUUAACAUAUUAGCAAUCUACUUAGUGCUCACCCAGAGGGGAAGGAGGUGGAAGAUGUGCACGUACUACCUUCAGAAAUGUUUAAGUUAAUUACUUUGAACACUACCUUUGCUGUAAUUUCAUUUGAGAUUUUCUAAGGGUAGAAUUUGGUCUCACCAACAAGUGAGGAUAUAGCCUUAUCUCACGGAGGACGAGCUCCCUUCUUACUCAGGAGCAGUCAGGGUACAUUACAUAAAAACAAUGGAGGAUGCCUCAUUUUAACAAAUUAGAGUUCUUUGUAUUUUCCAACCCUUUUACAAAAUUGAUCAUAUGCUAACAACUGAAUAUUGGUGCAGCAACUAGUUUAAGAUGUUCAGAAUCUGUUCAUUGGGGAUGAGAGAAGUAGAGAAAGAAAUGUGUGUACGUAAUUAGGAUAUAGCAAAAACAACACCUUUCACUGCCUCCAUAGUCUGUCCAGUAUCUACAUUGAUGAAGGCUCUAAGUUUGUGUAAAAAGAGGGAAAAACAAUCCCAAGAUAACCUAAUAUAAUUUAGGUUGCAUAUCAAUUCUAAAAAUUAUUUAAGAGUUUAGCACAUUGGACUUUCUUUUUUUAACUAGUCCAAAUUCUUGUACAAAGUUGAGAGGGGUUGUUUUUCAGCGUUUUAGCUAAUUUUGUUGAUCUGAAAUUUUGUUUUUUUCUCGGCAUCCUACAUAAUAUCCCCCUCUUUACUUUUUUUCUGAUAGUUAACUGAUUUUCAUGGUUGUUUAGCACACAUUUCAGGACCUUUCAGAUCGUGUUAUAUAAGCACUCCUUAAAGACCAUCUGACCUUUUUUUUUUUUUUUUGAGAUGGGUUUAUAAAGUUACAGUAAUUUAGUUUAGAAAGUCUGUUUUCUACAGUUUUUGCAAGAAUAACUGGUAAGUGAAGCCCAUGGAAUUUACUCUUACUGUGAUCAAAUUAAAAUUACUACUGAUGCAAAGCAAAAUCCAUACUAUAUAUACCCUGUAUUCUAAUCUGCUGAGAAAGGUAGGUCAGGCCCUUCUAAAUGCUUAACCAAAACCAAAAAUCAUUGGCUUUUUGUGUAAAACAAAGUCAAGCAGUUGGUGAUUUCAAAUGGAUACUAACGUUUUGAGCAAAAGUAGUAGGUCCAAAUAUUCCCAAGACAUAAAUUUUCACCUAGAAACUUUGAACUCAUUAAUUAAAUUAGGUUAAAGAUAAGUUUUCCCUCAGCAACUUGUGUUCAAAGGUUAGGCACACCAUUGCUGUUAUUAAAAUACAUGCACUGCUCAUUCUUGACAUAGGCUGGGUGUGGGUUCCUCUUUUGAUUUCGUUGUUUUGUGUGGCUGUUUAAUCAGUGGGUGACUGAGCCUAUUUCCUCUUGGUUUAUUCUCAACAGAGAAAGCAGUUUGGGUUAACUAGUACUAUAUUACUGCAGUAUUUUCUAGCCUAGCUGGAAGUUGCAAUAAAAAUACGUUACGAAAUACAUGGUUUUCAUAUGCAGUUGAAGGAAGUUGUAGAAAGUUUGCUGAAAGCAAAGGGCUAAGCUUAUGAAGGAACACUUCCUUUGUUUCAUGCUCAGUUGGUCAACACAUAAUUAAUUGCAGCCAUGGUGCCCUUUUGCACAAUGCUCGGGGUAUUCAGUAGCCCAAUAUUGCUGCAAAAAGGUUCUUUGAGAAAUUUAUUUGUGCUUGCUUUUAUCCCCUCUGUGACAGAUGUCAUAUUAAAGGCCCAUUUAAAAAUCUGGCCCUAAAUGUUGAACUUUUGUAGAGUUUUACUGUUCAGAGAGGUUUAAUCCUUUGUGGUAGUCUUUAGUGAUGUAUGAGUUGAGGUCUGUAAAUUUUGUCAUUGUAGUGUACAUGGAGUGAUCAUUUUACUAACAUAAAUAUUUUCUAUGUGUGUUUCAGUGGAUGACAAUCGAGCAGCAGAAGAAUGGUGUGCCUACCCUUUAAUGCUGCAGUUUAAAUAAGAGAACUUGUAUUGUGUCAUUUCAGAUUGUAGGCUGAGAGUUGUAAAUAGUGAAAAUUUGAGUAAUUCUAUUAUUUGUUUUGGUUAGAAAGUGAAUUUAAAAAACAAACCAAACUCUAAACUUUCUCAGAUUAAUAAAAGUCCUGAGACCUGAAGAUUGUAAUAUUCAUGUCUGUGAAGCUUGUAAACAUUACACUUGAGAUCAGUCAUGACUUGAUAUUCAGGUAAAUUUUGUUUUCCAAGAAGCUUUUUAAUAAGCAUAUUUUCUCCAAAGGUCUCUCUUUUUCUCUCGUUUUUCUCUUUUCUUUUUUGAGUGUAGAUUAUUUUAAAGCACUAAUUGCAUUACGUUAGUAAUUGCAAUAUAAAAUAGCCAUUAUUGUUUUGUGAAGCAUGGUUGAAAUUAGAUAGCAGUCCCUUUAAAUUUCAUGAGCCUCUCAAAAAAAAAAAAACCUUUAAAAAAACAAAAGCUGCUGAAUAUUUCAAAAGAUAUAUAUUUUACCUUAUUGUAGGUUUUGUAAAGUUAGUUUGUAAUAUUCAGGUGCACUUUUAAUGUUAAAUUUUGUGUUCAGAGUUCCAUUAUACCAUAUAUUUCUUGGAGGUGGCUCAUCACAUUGGCUGGCUGUCAGUCUUUAUGCCGUAGUGAUCCCUUAAUAUUUGAUUUCUCUCUUGAUUUGCCACUAUAUUGUAUUGGCACUUUCAGUGUAGAUACUCUAGUUUGGGGACGACCUCAUAAAUGUGUAAUAGAGAUUGGUCUAUUCGCAUGCUUAAUUUCUGCUAAUCAGAGUUUUGCGUGGCCCAAGCAAGUUGACCAUGUUUAUGGUGUGGAAAAGUGCAGUUCAUAACUGUCUUUGUCACGAAAGCCUUUUUUCCUGACUUUUCCCAGUAGGUGGAUGACAUUACUCAAAUUAUAUAACAGUAUUUGAACUAAUGAUAGGAAAUAUAUUUAAAAUAAAUUCUUGUGUUUUUGAUGAGAGAACAUUGGUAUUAUAAAGUAGAUAAGCUACAGCACUAUGAAAUCGAGAACACUAAAUCUGUGGAGGGAUAUCUAGUUGUAUUUUACAUUCUCAUUUCUGAGACAGUCUAGUCAUCAAGCUUGACCUGGUGUGGUAUAUUUAGUUUGUUCAGUAGGCUUACAAGUGACUCUGAAUCAUAUUUAUGAUGAGCUAUUCACUUUUUUCUGCUCCUCAAAUACCAUGAAGGACAAGGUCUCUCUUUCAGGAAAGAUAAUUUAUAUUUGUGUAUAAUACUUUUGAAUAUAAGUUUGUUGUUACUCUGAAGUUUUGGUGUUGCUUGAUAAACCUUUGCUGCAGCAGAUCAUGAAUAUGAGUAAGGCUUUGUGUGAUUGUAGGGGUCCUUAUGUGAAGUUAAUUACUGUUCAGUUCUGGUGAGCAAGCUCAACAAGUGUGAAGCGUGUAUUAGCUUUAUUUGGUACACUUUUAUUUUACAAUAUUGAAGUGCUUUAGAACUCUGGUUGUCUUACAUAAAUCAUUACCUCAUCCAAUUGGCAUUUCUAUACCCCAACACUUUACCUUACCUAUAACAUGAACUAUAUGGAAUCAGAUAGCAAAACAAUAAAUGGCACAAUGAGAUGUUCCCAAUUUUCUGGAGAGAACUCUAAAUUACAUUAAAAAUGACUACCUGUUAAGGCCCAUAUCAUAACUACCUUCUGUCUUCAGGAAGUAUGUGACAACCUUUGAGCUGCUAGUAAGCUGUAUGUUCUCCCCCUACUCCAUGUAAGCACAUGGUGCCAGGCCUGUUUCUAAGUUUUUGGAUUAACAUACAUUUCAUAGACCCAUAACAGUGAAGUUUGGAUUUAUUUGGUUAUUUUCAUAAAACAUUAGUGAGUCAGUUCAAUGUCAGAACCUGAAAUUAUUUGGAGUCAUUACAAUGGAUAUAUGAGAAGUUGGUGUCAUUUUAUUUAAACACUCUUAUCUUAGUAGAUUUCAUUUAAAACAACACAUUUUUUUCUCUUACAAUUCUUUAACCAAAUGCCUGUUGUUGUUUUCAUAUGAACCAUUGUUUUCUAUAUAUUCAGGUUGCUGUCAUUGGUUAUAGAAUAUGGCAAUAGUUAAAAUUGCCCCACUUAAUGUUUUAUAGACGAUUGAAAGUUCUAGGUUAAAUUUCGGCUUUCAUGAAGGCAUCAAAGAUCUUUUUCACCUUUCCAUUAGAAUUAGGUCUUCAUUAAUGCUAUGGGCAGGCCAGUAUUAUUAAAAAUCUGACGGCUUUAGCCAAAUAGUUUAUUUAGGAGACUUUUAAGCUACAUAUGGAUUUUUACAAAAAUUUAAUUGCUUUCAAAAUCUGAAAAGGAAAAGGCAUAAUUGUGGUACAAGGAAUGCAGACCUCCAGACUCUUUCUUUUAAGUUUAUUUUGGAUUAAUUCUGUCCUUGACACUUGAAUAGGAUUUGUGCACAUGCUGACUGAAAGUAGAAUAAUGGAAAUUCUUAGCAUAUUCUCUUUUAUUCCAAAUAAGUUUGCAGUCCAUUUUAAAGAAGCAAGCACUAGUCCUAUAGCAUAACACCGUAGCUGUAUACCCUAAGGGUUUUGAAGGAGAUUGGGGGGACAGGAGGAUGGAUGGGAUAUAGGAUUUGCAAGUAUGAGACUUUUGAGAAGAGGCUAAGGAUUGAGUCCUAUUACACUAAAAAUGAGUCACAGGACAGAUAAUGUGCUAAAGUUGGGCCACCUUUAUUUGACAGAAAAAUAUUUUAUGGUGUUUGAAAAUCAACUCUAAUUAAUGUUGACAGUAAAAUUAAUUCUGCAACUAUUGGGGGGGGUAAUUUUAAGGUUUCCAGUUCAUUUAGAGCUGUAUCCAUAAAAGCUAAAAAGCACUUUUAGUUAACUAUAGAUUUAUUGGAUGUAGCAAAUAUUGUAACCAUAAUAUUUAAUCUUUAUAGUUUGAAUGUGGAAAUGAACUCUUUACUCCUUGAACUGUCAUUGAACAGGCUCAAGGUGAUCUUUCAACACUGGAAAUGACCCUACACACAUACCAAAAACAAAAAAAAAAGUAAAGCAGUAAGACAUUGAAGAUCCAUACCUCUUAAACUUUUUAGAUUUGUCUUGAGAAAAAAAAUUUAUGAAUCUAUAACCAGUAUUAGUCCAGUCUUGGGUUCCUUGUUCUGCAUAAUUGCACCCUUUCUCAGGUAUGUCCUGAAAAUAUAAAUUUUAAAAUCUCUUUGGAGAUUAGAUUCUCAGUGGAUAGUGUG